CUUGUGUCGAAAACAAACAUAUCAAAACAUUUCGAAACUAACGUGGCAUUGGGCUUCAAGAUGGCUUAAAGUCACUGUUUAAUGACGAUUUGGGGGUACGAUCGACCGGAUAUGUAGUUCGUGAUGGUUUCAAGAAAACAUAGAUCGUUUUAAAACAACAAAAAGUGACAAAAGCGCGCAUUUUGCUCGCGAACAUUGCUCGGACAAUGGGUACAAAAUUAUCGAGUCCCAACAGGCGGAAUCAUCCGAGUUCCAUAACUGCCAAUGACAUUCAAAAUAGAGGAGAAAUAAACGUUUCUAAUAGAAAUCGAAGUCGAUCUUUAGAAAUAGGUGAACCUCAGUCCAGAUCGAUUCCUACAAGACGAUUACAAGCGCUUGAAAUUUCGUCAAACGAAAACAGUUCUGGUGGUAACUCAAAUGGCGUGUCGAUGCUUCAAGCCCGUUCUUUGCCCGGGCAACUUUUUGCCCUGCACGGUAAGAGAGGAUCUUGAAAAGAUAUGAUUUUAUUGCAAACUAUUGUACUGACCAGCAAAUUAUAUUUUUGCGGUUGUGCUUUCCUGUAUAAAAAGCCAAAAUGAAAAAUGCAUGUUUAAUAUUAUGUAAUAUUUUAAUGGCUUACCGGGCAAACAAUAUGUUGUAUAAUCUAACUUUUUCACUAUGAAUUUUUAAGGUUUACGAUGUCCUGUUUGUUCAAAAUUUGUGCAGUCGGAAGAUGUAGAAUUACACUUUGUAUUGUGUCUUACGAAACCGCGUCUCUCCUACAACGGUAUGGUGUAUUAAUUGUCUAUUUUGUACUUGCAUAUGAACCGCCUUAUUUGGUUCAAAGUUUAGUAUGCUAGGUUGUAAAAAAGACCGUUUUUUUCCGGGAAGUUAAUAGCCAUGCUUGAUAAGAAAACAGGAUGUUUACAAAUUGAAAAUGUCGAAAUUCUUAGAUAGAUUAAUGGCAGGGUACUAGGUUUUUGAUACACAGAAUUAUAAGGCAAUAUUAGACACAAUAUGGGUAAUACUAUUAUUCAAUGCUGAGUGCUUGAAUAAUCCGAUAUUGUGACAGCUGGUUUGUGGCUAUAGAUCAGACAGUCCCCUUCGCUCCCCUGCCUUGCAUUAAUUAAGUCAUUUUUGAGGUUGCCCCACAUUUAAUGCCCCUGUUAGGGUCUUAAAGCCGGUUACGGACAAGCAAGUUUUCUACAAGUUUAACUUGCUUGUCUGUAUAGGCAAAUCUGCCAAUUUUUAAUAUGACAGUUACACUUGUCUUCUGAACAGGUGCACUUGUCAUUAUAAAAAUUGGCAAUGUACAAGUUUUGUUUGUCUGUAUGGGGGUCAACAAAGAAAAUUUGGCCAAGUAAUGUGAGCACUUGCAUAAUAAUACAGUAGCUAUAGAUCAUGACAGUCAGAAAACCAAAGAUAUGCAAGUAAAUAAAACUUGCCAUAUGAAAAUUCCAAUUAUACAAGGGCUGAUAAGCCUGAUAGUAUAAUUGGGGUUAUAUGAGUGAACGAAGGGAGAAAUAUAUGCAAACUUCACUUCAGUUUCAAGAAAAGAUUAUAUUAAUUUUAGCUGCCAAUGUUCCAUUGCUAGAAAUGUCAUAUUGCCGGUUAUAUGCUACCUCCUCCGCAGGCGCUUAGGGAGCAUUUCGGGCAGGUUCGGAAAAUGCGGGUUGCAGGCGAGAGCGCCUGCCGAGUAAUGUUUUCAAGAUGGCGUAUGCUAUAAAUCGAAAUUUUCAUUUUGACUUUACUAUUAUGACUUAAUAUACAAUAUACAUACCAGCACUGAUCUAAUAGAUCUAAAUAAUAUUUUGAAAUAGCAUCCAGUGGUCUUGGCAGACUAAAAAGUACUUAUAACUAGCCGCCGCUUUUCUAUGACAAUGGAGACUGUCUAAUAUAAAGUGUUUAUACAAAUUAUGCCAAUGCAAAUACAACAUCAACGAUAUUUAUAUAUCCGCUUUCUACAUAUUUUGCGACUAAGCCUAUGAUAAGCCAUUCCAAAUACUUUAGAUAAGAUUCAAAUAUCAGUCUGCAUGAAACAUUAAAAGCACAAUUUGAAAGAUAAAUAUGGUGAAAUUAUAUUUGCAUAUUAAAAAUAUACAUUUACAGUGUAAAUAGAAGUAAUAUAGCGUCUCAUUGUUCUCUUGUUCUUUGUCUUUUGAGUGAUAAUAACACAAUGUCUGCAUGUAGAAUCUCCAUUACAACAAAAAUCUACAUACCAAGUCCAUUUCAGAAAACGAUAUAUUGAGAGUAUCCACAUCGCUGCCGUCGAACGACGAGCACAACAUAAUUGUCAACAUAUGGCGUUAUUCAAGCGUGUCCUGUUCAUAACGAUCGAUAUCAUUGUGUUACGACUGCUUGUUAUGAAUUGCAUUAUAAAACGCGUCAAUGAUCUACAUGAUAUUUAAUCAGGUAAAAUACAUACAUAUUUCCAUUUCACAGAAUGACAUAUUAUUAAGAAUGUCAACAUCGUCGAAAUCCUCGAUUUUUCCCUCUGUUUGUCGCUGCUUUCGGCCAUGACUGCCCUGAAGUAUCACAAAUACUCUACCAUACACGGGACAAUUGUUUUGGGAUAGGAUGGUUCAUAUUUCACGAAGAUUUUUAAGGAUUGAAAACCGAUACCCGGGAAACGUCACUUCUGCCCAGGAACCGACUAUUAUUCAGCAGGCCUUUCGUCGCCUUCCGUUCUUCCCUGAUCUCAAAUUUCACUCCCGCAAAUUAUUCCCGCCCGCAUCGAAAGGCCUGCGGAGGAGGUAGGGUUAUAUGCAUGAUUGGGUCCAUAUCUCCCGGCAGAAGAAAUUGAAAGUUAACCUUCUACUCCUUUCGGACACAGAAUAGGAAGUUAUACCAGAAGCGUAACUCGAGCAAAUAUUUGUCCGCGUUUUUACAAGCGAUUCGUCAUCAAUCACGCCAUCCUGGCUAGUACAACCGGCACUUUGUACCUACCAAAUCCUGAUAAAACUUCCGGCUGUACUAGCCAGGAUGGCGUGGCCUGACGUGAGCGAGUUAAAAUUUUCGUGGACGUCAAACAAUAAGGGAAACGACUAGAGUUACGCUUCUGGUAUAACUUCCUAUUCUGUGUUUCGGAUGACCUAAUAAAUUUACUAUUUUCAGAAACAAGUUUUUCUGCCCAUCCCCCUCCGGACUGCAGAAAUUUCCUCCGUGGGGGAGUAUGGAUCUUUUCUGGAUGAGUAAUAUCAUCACCACUUAAAGGAUUAAAUAAUUCUUAUUUGUAACUUGUUACUGCUUUAUAUAGCUGAUAUUUUAACACAAGACGCUGGAGAAUGUGUUAUAUGUUUGGAGGACUUAGUAGCUGGUAAAUAUUAACCAUUCAUAAGAUAGAUAUUGAUGGACUUAUAUAAUAAAAAGAUAAUAAAUAAUAAUAAUUAUUAAUAAUAGUUAUAAUUAUUAAUAAUAAUUAAUAAUUAUAUCUAAUCAGGCACAAUUAGAAAUUACUGAUUAUCAUUAUGGGUUGUUUUAAUUCCAAUUACCAGAACAAUGAAUAAAUCAAUACAAUAUUCAUGGAUAAAUCAAUACUAUUACCAUAUAUACAUAUAGCAAAGUAAUGUUAAACACAUAUACCAUACAAAGCACAAAAUACACUGAAAACCCCUUGCUAUUUAACAGUAUAAUUUUUGCAUACUUUUAGGUGAGAAAAUUGCAAGGUUACCAUGUUUGUGUAUAUAUCACAAAAAGUAAGUCAAUUGAGAUAUUUAUACAUCUUUAUUUUAUACUUCCAAAGUGAGGGAGGGUGUGCAUCCCUGUCCCCCCUCUCACAAAAUGUUUACCUCCAGCACUCAUCCUGAAGAAAGUAACAGCAACUGCUGUAGCAUAUCCAUACCAUCUCUAAAUUUCCUAACCAUUUCUACAAUGUCCAUUCUCCCCAUAUCUUCUGAUCUCUUCAUUACAUAAUGUCUCUGACCAGCUCUCCUUUAUCUCUUCUUAUUACAUGUGCAUACCUUCUCUGCAAUGUCUACCCAACUCCGCACAUUUUCUGAUGUAACAUCUCGAUCAGACCAUCUCCUUCAUCUCGUCUUGAUAUACCAUCUCAGCCGCAAUUUCUACCACCAUACUGCAUGUUCUGAUCCGUUCACCAAGUCUUUUGUGCACUCUUUCGUCAAACACCUACAUAUUUUUACAUUUGUCUCUCAUUAAUUCUUCAAGGUGCAUUGACAUAUGGUUUAAAAAGAACAGAUCAUGCCCAGAACAUCCAUCAUAAAGUAGUCAAUAACAAUUUGUAUCAAAUUAGCUCACAAGCUGGCAUAUCACCCAUUGACUAUUGCCAUUUCAGAUUUGUAUAAAUAUCAUGAUAAACUAUAUUUUAGGUCGAUUAGCCUACAUUGUAAAAAAAUAUUGUAAAUAGAAAUAAAUUUGUAGUCUUAAUUUCAAGAAACUAACCCAAUUAAGCAGUGGUACUAAUAUGCCCUCCUCAUUUUACCUGUGAAGGGAUUAAGGGAAAUGUCUUGUACAUUGAUAAUAAUAGUAUGGAUUAACUAAUGUCCUGUAAAAAUGAUAACAUAUAAGUAAGUGAAGGUCUCUCUGUCAGGGUAAAGUUAAAAGGUAAAGAGAUAUGUAUUAUAAUACCAUACAUAAGACACAGUUUGUUACAGUCAUGUGGAAUAGUAAAAAAUGUGUUGCAGAGUGGCAAA